UAUACGUAGCAGAUAAUGAGAGAAGAAAGUGAAAGCGUAGCGCUGGAGAUGGUAAACAGUCUACGACAUUCACAUUCCUACAUGAAAAGCUCAUCACCGUUUCCUAGAUUUCUCUCAAGAAAACCAUCUCCUUCUGCUAUUUCUCUUUACAUGAUCCUUCUCUUUGCCUUCUCGCUCUUCAUUUUUAUUUUUAGCUCAAGGCACAUAUCGGACAAUGAGCCCAAACCUCUCCUCUCUCAACAAUCUCACGCUCAAACUCGAUCUGAAUCCGAAUUCGAAUAUGAAUUCAAAUCCCUAUCUCAAUCUCAAUCCGAGCAGAUGCCUAAUGAGCAACUGUGGGUUACUUCUAUCAACCAUGGUUUACGGCCUUGUGUCAAUCCUACGCCUAAAUAUAAAGCUGCUCAAGGAUGGGACCGCUAUAUAACUGUGAGAAGCAAUGGUGGACUAAACCAAAUGCGCACUGGUAUUUCAGACAUGGUGGCUGUUGCACACAUCAUGAAUGCUACAUUAGUCAUUCCUCAAUUGGAUAAACGUUCAUUUUGGCAAGACUCAAGUACAUUUUCAGAUAUAUUCAAUGAGCUGCAUUUCAUCUCAAGCUUACAAAAUGAUGUAAGGAUUGUCAAGGAGCUCCCCAAAGAAUUGGAGUAUCUACCUCGGGCAAGGAAACAUUUUGGCUCCUGGUCGGGAAUGGGUUACUAUGAAGAGAUGACACGGUUAUGGAAGGAAUUUCAGGUGAUUCAUGUUCCAAAGUCAGAUUCUCGUCUCGCAAACAAUGAUUUGCCUCUUGAUAUCCAGAGGUUAAGAUGCCGUGCCUUGUAUCAUGCUCUUCGUUUCUCUCCUUCAAUUGAAAGCCUAGGAAAGAAGCUGGUGGAGCGACUGAGAUCACGUGGAGGAAGAUACAUUGCACUUCAUCUAAGAUAUGAGAAGGACAUGCUUUCUUUUACCGGUUGCACAUAUGGUUUGACUGAGACAGAAUCUGAAGAGUUGCGAGUAAUGAGAGAGAACACAAACCAUUGGAAGGUGAAAAAGAUAAACUCAACAGAACAGCGAGAGGGAGGAUUGUGUCCUUUAACUCCAAAAGAGGUGGGAGUAUUUCUGCAAGCUCUUGGUUAUUCUCCAUCUACAGUAAUUUACAUUGCAGCCGGUGAAAUUUAUGGUUGUGAAUCUCACCUUUUAGAACUCACAUCUCGCUUCCCAAAUACAGUUUUCAAGGAAACAUUGGCAACACCAGAAGAAUUAAAAGCAUUUGCUAAGCAUGCCUCUCAGACUGCAGCACUUGAUUACAUUAUUUCUAUUGAGAGUGAUGUAUUUGUUCCAUCAUAUUCGGGUAAUAUGGCCAGAACUGUCGAGGGCCAUCGGAGAUUCUUAGGGCAUCGCAAGACAAUUCAUCCAGAUCGAAAGGGACUUGUCAAACUAUAUGAUAAGCUAGAAAAUGGACAGCUGAAAGAAGGAUCCUCAUUUUCAUACAUUGUGCAGGAGAUGCAUAAGAACAGGCAAGGAGCUCCAAGGAAAAGAAAAGGUCCAUUGCCAGGAAUAAAAGGUCGAGCGCGUUUCAGGACCGAAGAAUCUUUUUAUGAAAAUCCAUACCCUGAAUGUAUUUGUAGAUCAAAAGGAGCUGUUUGAAAUGAAGAAAAGGACCUGUGAAAUUAAUUGAUAAGCUUGAAAUUUGAAUAUCAAAAGCUGAAAGAAGGAUCCUCACCUUCAUGUAAUGUGCAGGAGAUUAAUUUUUUGUACUAGGAUUGUCAUUUUUCUCUUUUCCUGUUUGCCUCGAAAGGAGUAGAUCGCAUCUGCAGAAUUUGAACUUUUUCUGUCCUGCUGAGAUGGAAGUUAAUUGGGAAUUGAAAUAAUGCAUUUACCGCUUGUCUGUUUAAUGAACAACACAGUUUAAACAGAACACAAGCAACUUAGUGAGUUUUCUCCAAAUUAUAGGCAAAGGAAACAUCCAUUGCCAGGAACAAAAGAUCAACCACGUUUCAGGACUGAAGGAUCUUCUUAUGAAAAGCCAUAACUUGAAUGUAUCUGUAAACCAAAAAGAGCAGUUUGAAAUGCAGAUCAAAAGCAAAUUUGCA